AUGCAGACACCCAACUCUCCAUUAUUUCCUGCUCAGAAGUUGACGUUAUCACCCAGCGCAGUAAGUUUGGGUGGAUUAGCCGGGGCAUCGUCUGGAGUUAGUAGUUCAACCUUGAUACCUCAGUUGCCUGAUAAGCCGUUAACAGAAACUUCAUCUAUACAGAUGUAUGUGAUACCGGCAGAAAAGGACUUGUUUAUGCAAGGAUUUGAGCCAGAAGAAUACGAGGGUAGGCCGCCUACAUUAUUAAGAGGUUGUUUGUUCUUGCGGGUUCUUAAACCGUCCAAAAUUAGAUCGGUGACUUUAACAUUUAAGGGUCAACAACGGACGGAUUGGCCAGAAGGUAUACCACCGAAGAAGACUUCAUAUGUGGAGUUAAAUGACAUAUUAUCUCAUACGUGGCCGUUCUACCAACUGGGAAAUCCUCUUCACAGUGCUAAUGGAGGUGCCGACUUCUUUCAAGAGUUACUGAAGGACCACACUUCAGAAAUGGAGAACUCGACUCUCAAUGUACCACCAUCUGCAUCAAGAUCACACUCUCCAGCUGCAGAGAACGGACGUGGUAACUUUUUCACCAGAAAUUUGUCACCAGCUACCAGUUUUAUGAGGAGAGCCGCAUCACCUUCGUUAACGGUCAACGAAUCAUUUUCGGAUCUCACGUCAGUGUUGUCUACUGAGACGGAUCCUUUGAAGCCAGAGUUGUUUACUCCGGGUGAUUAUAUCUAUAACUUUGAACAUCCGUUGCACCCAUCGAUCCCGGAAACGUGUUCGGUGACAUUUGGGGAAGUAUUUUAUUAUAUUGAAGCAUCAGUUGUAAGAGCUGGAACCUUUAAGCUGAACUUAACUGGAAAAUUACCGAUUAAUAUAAUUAGAACACCUUCAGAAUCCAAUAUGGAAGAAAAUGAACCAAUAAUAAUAACGAGGGAUUGGGAUGACCAAUUGAGAUACGAUAUUGUUAUCGGGAGAAAAUCGAUUGUAUUAGAUUCAUACUUGCCAUUAGCAUUUAGAUUUGUGCCACUAUGGGGAAAGGUUGCUUUACAUAGAAUAAGGGUAUACUUGUCUGAGAAUUUGGAAUAUUAUUGUCAGAACAAAAAGGUUCACAGGCUUGAACCUCCCAAGAAAUAUCUUUUACUAGAACAUAAAGCAAAGAAAGGGAAAUCGCUAUUAUCCGAGAAACUGGGACAAGAUGAAGAUGAAGAAGAUGAUGCAGAAAUAUUACCGAAAGAAUUGGAAUUUCAACUAUUUGUUCCAAGAGUGUUAAAUGGUAGGAUCAAGCAUGAAAUACAUCCUGACACAUCAUAUGAAAAUAUCCAAGCUCAUCAUUGGAUAAAAAUUUGUUUAAGGCUUUCUAAAACAGAUCCCGAUGAUCCUUCGAAGAGGAAGCAUUAUGAAAUUCUGAUUGAUUCACCAAUUCAUAUUUUGUCGUCAUUAGCUGCACACGUGAAUACUUUAUUACCAGCAUACGACGAACAUCUCGCCUUAAGCUCAUCCUAUAAUGUACAACACCAUGGUACCCCACCAUUAUCUCCAGAAGUUAUACCUAUUGAUAAUACUACUGGAGCCGGUAGAAAUAUACUGAGAAAAGGAACUGAAAAUAGUGUUUCAUUAGAUGAAGUAAUAGAAAGCCCACAUGUGAAUUUUGAGCAUAUUACUAACGGUAACGGUGCAUUAGAUGAUUCAGAUGCAGAUAUGCAUUUAGAAGCUAACUUGUACCUGCCGCCAGAUGAUACUAGACCAGAAUUGGCAUCUCUACAAGCUUUACCGCAUCUGGGAACAUUUAACUCGCCCAUACAAAGGCCAAUUCAUUUCGUUAGAAAGCCUUCUAUAAACCCUCCUCCAUUUCAAGCAAAUAAUAAUGAUAUGCUUAUUGGUGUGGAUAAUCUCCCACCACCAGCAUACGAGGAGGAAGAACAUUCGUUGUCUAUGUCACCUUUAAGAAUUGAUGAAAGUAGUGAUAGAGGAAGAAGUAAGUCAAGUCUGCGAUUUCCUGGUUUGACCAUGACUGUUCCACAUGAGGGCCCUGUAAAGAAUUUAUUAAGCCAGCAACUUCGAAAAUCUGAAAGUGAGCUCUCCAGAAAGUAUGAAAGUGAAGACAUUUCUGAUAAUGUUUCAUCUGUUAAGCCUCCAACAACGAAUCCUAUAAGAAAUGCCGUGAGUCCGAAUAGACGAGCAACAGACGCAACCAGGCAGUCAAAUUCUAGUGCAAAUUCUAGUGACACGGGCUUAACGAAUUCUAUUAUAAGUUCUUCUCAAUCUAAUGAAACUAAGAGUACUCAUGAUCAAGAUGAGAUGUACGAAUCUUCAAAUGUGCAUAAUUUCACCAAAGGAAAUAAGAAAACUGAUUCGAACAGAAAGCUUAGCGACGAUAGUUAUGCUCCUGAAGCACAGGAAUCGGAAAACAGAGACAAAUCUCGUCAAUCGUCUAUUCUGUCGUUAACGUCAUCGCUCGAUAUACCCGUUGAACAUACAUUACCCUUGUUGAACCAAUCUAGCUCAUCAUUAUUGACUCCUCAAUCAAAUUUUAAAAGUAUGAAUUCUUCGAUCAAUUCAUUGAAUGAUAGAAGAACAAGUAAUGUACACGAAAUCACCAAAAUUACCGAUUUGGUAGAGGGUGGUUUCAAUGACGAUCUAUACAGAGUGAAUGAUAACUUGUCCCAUUUAAGAAAUCCAAGGAUCAAAAAACACUACCAGAACAGUGAUAAUAUGUCAGAGACAGAAAUAAAUAAACAAAGGCAAAAGUCGUUUGGUGUUGUAAACAAUAACGAUUCCGAUGUCGUAGCAAGACUGAGUUCUACAAGCGAAUCGACAUUCCAUGAGGAUGAUACCGUUGUUGCUCUGCCAGUUAAUUCUAAUGGUCCCCCUUCUAAUACGAAUAGUUUAUUCAAGCCUCUUUCUGGUUCGCCCGCCCCGGGAUUAAAUUAUGGAUUCAUUAUAGAAUAG